GUUCCAAAUCAGCGUGGGCAAAAACAUUCUGGAGUCAGAAUCGGCUGGCUGGCUGUUUUGGUGUUGCUGUCGCUACCAGGUUUCACCGCGGCUCAGCUGGUAACCUCAAAUGUUCUGUAAAUCCUGCCUCAACAGUCAACCGUCGCCAUCUGGACGUAUUAUAUUCAAUCCGUUUCAUUUGAAACCGGCUAUAGUCGCGUUCCGGCGAACGGCCAACGUGUACGUGGCUGAUAACUCUGCUGCUCGAGGCUGUGGUCUAGGGAAAAGCUGGAGUUAUUGAUAACGCACAGCGCUGAAGCUUCCAAAAAACCGCAACGAAUCAUCUGGAUUAAGAUCAGACGACUAGGUCGUGUCGAUCUACUGCUGGACGCCGUAACUUGGUCUGCCAUUUAGUUGCUAUUGUCAGGUCAUCCGACGUUACAUGGCGGCUCCGAAGUGUUGCACUCUGUUAUGCUCGUUGCUUCAGCUCGCCCACGACGCCGAUCCAUUUGUCGGGGACCUCAAAUACUUGCAGCAAUGACUACACUACUCAGUUGGUUUUAGUUCCACAGUUGCAGCUCUCGGUUUGAUGUUGACAAUAUUCCAAGGUUCUGAUUCAAGCAAAGCCGGCGUGGGAUUGCAUGCUUCAGCUGGUCAUCUGUGACCGCCUCUCGCACAAGUCUGUAAUUGGAGCAUUUCAUUGGACCACCUGGAGUGCAAACAGAUCAUGAUGGACAUCCUCGCCCAAAUGGGGUACGCACAUCUGCAACAGGUGGACGUGUCGGCUGAAGGCUUUCGUAUCAACUUAAUUCCAACAUUGUUUUCAUAAAUGAAAUGUCCUCAAGUUUUACUGGCACCAAUUAUAAAUGAAGUUUUGUUGGAAACCAAAAAGUCUUAUCAGAAAAUUCCAAAACAGUGUGGUUUUGAUGGAUAUUCCUACAACCCGCUUAAAUUAAGUAUCAUCGUAAUAGGUCAUAUCAACACGAUUUGCGACCGGUUGAUGGACAAUGCGGAACUCAAUAAAAUUCUUCCGGACAAUUCUGAGGUUACUAACAUUCCCCGUCAUAGUGUAAAAGCCAUUAAAAAUACAAGACGAAAAAUGGAAGACAGACAUAUAUGCAUUCGUGAUUUUCACGGAAUGUUUGGAGUUAAGGAUUCGGAACCGACCAGCUUCUACGGCGUGUUUGAUGGCCAUGGAGGACAGGAUGCUGCGAUUUACACAUCGGCGCAUCUAUGCUACAAUAUUGCCAAAAGCAGUAAAUAUCCGCAUAAUAUUGAAGCUGCUAUGCGGGAAGCAUUUUUGAAAACUGAUGAUGCAUUUAUAGACAAAUCGGACAAACACGCAAUGUACAGCGGAACAACUGCAGUUGUUUUCAUUUACCGUGCAAAUGAGAAAAAACUUUUCGCUGGAUGGGUUGGCGACUCGCAAGCUCUGCUGGCCGCCGAAGGAAAAGUUUGUCAAAUCGUGUCGCCCCACACUCCGUCGGUAGAGAGUGAACGUAUCAGGAUAGAGAAAAUGGGCGGUGUUAUUAUGAACUGGGAUGGAUCAUACCGCGUGAAUGGGCAGCUUGCGAUUUCUAGAGCGAUUGGGGACGCAUCGCAUAAACCAUUCAUUUCGAGUGAGCCCGAUAUUUCAUCUAUAUGUCUUGACGGUGAAGAAGAUUUCCUAAUAAUUGCCAGCGAUGGUCUUUGGGAAGGUCUUUCUGAGGACUCAAUUGCAAUAUUAGUGUACCGUGAAAUUGUCAAAAACCCAGGUUGUGCUGCUAGCAUCGCAGACAAGAUAAUAGAAUCAGCCAGAAAACUUACAUCGGAUAAUAUAACUGUAAUAGUUGUAUUUUUCAAAGACCCAUACCUCAUCGCAAAGUCAACCUGGCUGAAUAAAAUGGAAACUGCAUAUGAUACCAACGCUGAGAACAACGUUUGCGAAAUUGAGACAUCACAUUUCAAAACCUACGAUACGAAUCACGAAUACACUAACCCAAAAGUUGUGAAGGAUUCAUUUCUGGAAGAUGAAAACAAGGUUGCAAAUCCUAUGGACCUCCUCAAGAGCAACACCAACGCUGACUUCAAAAUCGACCAAACGACUAGUGACUUACUAGAAACAAAACAUCGAUUUGACGAUGACUUUGGCCCAGAAACUGACGUAGAUGCAGUGGACGAUGCCAACGUCGCUAAAACUCCCAACAUGCUCCAAGAAGAUCAUGCUUUCAGUUCGGAGGUAUCAAAUGGCGUGAAGCCAUUUUCGCUCGAAAAUAAAAUCAUUGAACAUCUGUCGGGCCAGCACAAGGAGUUCCUUUCAAACACCAAUCCAUUCAAUGAUGAUCAAUUUGAUGAAUAUAACGGCCAACAACAAAGUGUUAAGGACGAGCUUAUGGACGAAACCGGAACAGCGAAAUGCGAAAUUGACUCUGAAUUAGUAGUUGAUAAUAAAAUCAUCGACGCCUUAGAAACAUUAGGAAUUACAAAUGGAGAAAAACAGACUCAUGAUGAUGAGGAUAAACCACUUGAUAGCGGACUAGUCAACGAUUCAUCAUCUGAAGCAGCCGGUUAUACAGAAAAGGUUGAUAAUAGCCAUGAAAAGUAUUAUACAAAAAUGCAAAAUGAAGAUCCAUUCGACAACAACUCUCCAAUCACUUGUGAUAAACAACCGGUGGAAGAACAAGCUUACGGCAUUAAUCCAAAUUGCGCAGCAACCAGUGCUGGUGAAGAAUCUGACGAAGAGGAGGACGAGUGGAAUUACAUCCAGGGUGACAAAAAGCAAGACCAGCAGCCGGCAGAACAAAGCGAGCCCGAACCUGCUCCAUCUGUUGGCGAGCCUGUAGAGGUAGAAGCAGCUGCCGAUCACCACCACGAAGAUCCUGUUCCGGCUCUUGGCUCAGAACCAGCUGUGGGAAAGGAAACCGAGGUGCAGCAGCAGCCGUUGGACGAACCGCUCGAGGAAUUGGCGGAUCCGACGCUGAGUGACACCGAUGCCUUUGCCACUGUCGUCGGCGAACCAAGCGAGACAAUCAUCGACGACGGCGAAAGUCGAGAAGUGGACGCCGCUGUUGAGCUCGACGGAGAAGAAGAAGAAGCGCUGAUUGAACCAGUUCCUGCAGUAGCGAGUCCGGUUAUUCCGUCGGAAGAGGAAUACAAACAAUACGAAGAGGAGGAGCAGCAAGAGCAAGAGGUUCAGGAAACGGAGCAGCACGAAUCUGCCGAUUACGCUCCGUCACCAGUGCCUAGAAGUGAUUUAAAGCAGCCUGAAGAUAUUCCAGAAGAGCCGAUUUCUCAACCCGAUUUGGUGUCUUUAGAGCAAGCACAGUCGCUGGACAAGGACACAACGGAAGAAGAACUGUCGAACCUUCAGGAAGAAUCAGCGCAGCCGGAAGAGUUGCUCAUAGCUACUGUUGCCGCUGCUGACGAAGAAGCAGAGCGACCAAACAGUCUUAGCUUUGACAUGGCAUCGAAGCUCAAUCCUGAAGCAAAAGAAUUUGUUCCUACCGGAUCUCCGACACAAUCGAACCCGACCAGCCCAGUCGCCAGCAUGCCCGAAAUGCCCCAAAACUCGUUCCUCCUGCUCGGAGAUGAUGUCGUUGCCCAAAGUCCUAAGAAGGGCAUUGCGACCAUGGACAAUAUUGACGUGCCUGCAGAGGACGACUUCCAAAAUGAAAUGAACAACUGUCCCCACGAGCUGGAACAGUUCCCGGAGCACACGAACGGCACUGCCAAUGGUGAUGAGACGAUCGGCUCACACUCUCCGGUUAGCGAACCAUCGUACCAGGAGUUGAAUCUCAAGGAAGCCAUGCAGUGCGACGAAAAGCUCGACAAUGAAUACAGUGACGUGCAGCAAAACAACGACACCACCGACAACCAUCAUCCAAUCGAGCUGAAUCUUUUGGCAAAGGAACAAAAUCCGAUGAGCAUGUCGUUCUACGAAGGACGCGAUGACGCACUCAUCAUAAGCAACUCUGACGAACUGAACAAAGUUCAGCCACUACCAAGCGAUGAUGAAUUGUCCGAGCUGGCCAAUGGUCAAAGUGUCGAGGAGACUGUAGCAACAAACGAGGAAGAUGCCCAUUCCGUGGAGGAUGAAACUCCCAUCCAGCAUGAGGAAAAGCAUCUGGUCUCAUUUGGUGAUCCCGUUGUAGUCGUAAACGAGGACAAGCCGUCGCACGUUGAGCAACUUCCCGAAUCGAUCUUCUCCGUUGCGUCCCAGGUGGUCGACGAUGUAUCGGCGCUCGUUGAUCAGAUGCAAAUUGAAACUCCAAGUGCCUCGCAGCAGCAGGAAGAAAUCGCAAAGCCUUUCGAGCUGGAUGAGCAAUUUUCGAAGCCGCCGGUCGAAACGGAACUUUUAUCGAAUGAAAACGAAUCGGAGAAUCUCGUCAGUUUUGAGCUGGACACUGGAUUUGAAAAACACGUGAAAGAAGAGGUUGCGGUCGAUGACAUCGUUGCGGACAACUUGGAUGUUGAGCAGGCCGUACUGCAGCAAGAGGUAGCCGAAUUCAGUCAACCGUUGUCGUCCGCGGAGACGGACGAAAUGGCAUCGCCAGUGGUAGAGGUGUCGCAGCUGGAGAUCACCGCCGACAACGAGUUUAUUACGGAUGAGAAUGUGCUGGAUGUUAUUCCUUCUCCGGUUCCAGCUGGUCACGAAGCACCAAUUUCUCCAGUUCCUAUCGCAGUACAACAUGACAAGCCAGUGGAGGAAGAGCUAUGUGUUGUUAAGAAUGAAGUCGCAGUGGAGCAAAUUCCGGAAAUAACUCCGACCGUUGCGCUAAUGGAGGAGCCUGCUACGACCGAGUUAGUUCCGACCAUUGAAGAAGUUAAAACAACUGUUGGUGAAGCUCCUGCCCAGGAGACAACGACUGCCAGUGAGGAAGUAAUCGAUCCCAAGCCUAAAACUCCGGAACCAGUUGUGAGCUCGGUUGGAAAGACUGUUAAGGCUCCAGCAACGGUUGGUGCUAUAAAGAAGGCUCAGGCUGUAGCUAAACCAUCAACCACCAAACCAGCUGCAAAACAAAUAGCCGCAGCCAAAACGACAACCGUCCCCGCAGCGAAGAAAACUCCGGCCACAACAGGCCCCACGGCGGCCGCUAGAACAUCAACAAUUGGGGCGGCUAAAUCACCAAAGGUGGCUGCCACCACUCGCACAAGUACCGUUGGCACAGCCGAUAGGAAGCCAGCGGCCACCUCGGAAAAGAAGCUUGUCAACGGUGACGCUAAGCCCACGCCCAUCCAGAAGAGAACCGUAACAUCAACGGCUGCUAGUGCGACCGCCAAGACGACCUCCACCACUCCCACGACGACUGCGGCCAGGCCCUCCUCGGUAGGCGCCAAAUCAUUGACUGCUGCUAAACCUCCAGCGACAAGACCUGCAGCGCCGGCCAGGGCUCCCGCAUCGGCUAAGGCUCCUACGAUGGCCAGAGCACCCGUGUCUGCAGCUCCCAGACCCACAACCGGACCGGCUAAAACUGGAUCUGCCACAACUGCACGCACCUCGGCUGGUUUGCCGGCAACGAAGCCUCGCGUUGCACCGACCACAGCAGGCAAACCAACCGGAGCUACGACCGCCAGCAAAAUUACUGUCAGUGCGACCAAGAGAAUUAGUAGUGUUCAGACUACAACCCAGAAAUCUGUCUCAUCUACAACGACGGUGGCUAAGGCCAGCGCAACCACUAGUCGAACAUCGGUAGUUUCCAAGACGAGCUCGACGACCACUGCGUCGGCAGGACUGGUGCGGAAAACUGGCACAGCCGGAGCAGCGCCGGCCAGAAAGCCAAUCUCGUCUCCGUCGGCGGCAAAGACUGGCACGAGAACUGUUGCUGCUCCUGCCGCCGGUGGAAAGCCAGCUCCAAUUCGGAAAAUAGUUGCUGCUAAGGAAGUCAAGGAAGCUACUCUGAGUAACAACGAAACCACCCAGGAUCUGCUGGAUCUCGACAAGCAACUGAAAAAUGAUAACAAUCAGCUGAUCACAAAGAACGGACUUGAAACGCAUAUGAUUGUCAUCGAUUCCGCGGCCGACUAAAUUUUGUUCCUUUUUUUAAUGUGUAUCACUUUAUUUUAUAUUCCUGACAACAUGUAUGCAUGUAUGCAGCAACUAUUAAUUAUUAUUUAUAAUAUAACUCUCAUAUUGAUUACGAAUAUUAUUAUGUCCAGAACAAAAAAAAUCUCUAUGAUUGCAUCCGAGUGAUACUAAUAAGUUAAAGAAGAGAUGUGCAUCUGCAAUAAUUGGAACGUGUUUUUGUACCGACUUUUGAGCCAUUAGCGAGUGAUUGAUAAGCAAAAUAAAGUUUCAAUGAUUUUUUUCUGCAAACAGCCAGUCUGCGUUGCUCUCUAGUGAUGAUACCUUUGCUGUCAACUGUAGUUGGUUUGGACUACUUUUCGAACAACAAUACUUAAUAAUGGUGUUACCGUUUACUGCUUGUCCAUAAACGCUGCUAAAAUUGCCUAAACAAAAAGUUAACAGUCUAGACUUCGCGAACAGUUUUUUGAAUCGCAUGUCUGCCCAGCCAGCAGUAUUUGUGGCAGAUAGUGAAAACAUUGCAAUUUUCGAACAAUUUACAUUUGCAAGUUGGUGCAAGAAAGCGUGUUAAGCAUUCAGAUAGGUUGUGUUGUGAACAAAAGAGAUUUUUGCGCAAUUUAAAAAUAAAACAAUCCAUUUCCUCUUCGUUUUUUUUCUUUUGGAAGUAACCCAGAAAGUUUAGCAGUCGGUAGCACAACACAUUAAAAACAAAAAUACGAUAAAAAGCAAAUGGGCAAGCCUUUUCCAAUCGAUCUAUGUGCAGUGUGAGCUAGUGGAAGAAUACAGAAUAUUAAUAAAUAGAAAUUGUAGGUGUGUUCCCGAACUUGCCGAACAGUGCGAUUGAUUUUGCAAAGCAAAGUUCGACAAGUGCAGGAAACAACACACAUAUCUUUAUGCGACUGAAAGGAUUCAUCAUACAUGUGAAUUUUUGGAUAAUAUACACAGUCUGUGUUUGAUAAAAAAAACUUAAAACUUAGCAUUAUAUCUCAUAGGCAUAAGCAAACAAACUAUUCUGCACACGACGACAUAAAUGUACGCUAUUAAUAUAAGUUUAACUGAAAAACUGUAAACGAACCUAUUGCAGCGAAAUCAUACUAAAACCUAACAUAACGCUCAUUCGGGCAACUCUAUA